UUUCCUUUCCUCAUGGGGCUUGUGUAUUAUACACACAGCACACUGUCGCUGGCUUCACGCUUUUGUUCGCGUUUGUUUUGGAAUUCUCUUAGCGACGCCUCACGCGCACAGCAGCGGACACAGCACGCUUAUAUUUUAACGCUUUAACCUGCUAGAAAGAGAACAGUUUGUUUUUGACAGACGUUUAUUUUACUGUAACCUGCUCAUUUAAUCUGACUUCGGCCCUGUGAAGCUGAACUGCUGGGUUGUCGGUGAAUAACAGGAAAAGGGGCGCUAGGUACGUAACGUUCGUCAGCUACAUUAGCCGAGUUAGCUUAGCAUUAGCUUAGCUGCGUAAAAGAUGCGAGCUGAUUGUUAGCGAGAUUAGAAGACUUUGUAGAGGAGCUGUGUUUAUCAGACACGUGAACGAGAUCAGAUUAGAUCAGAUAGAAGACAAAUGAAUCAGUUAAGCUAGCGCGACGUCUGUUAGCUCGAUUUGAAGAAUUAGCUUCUGAGGAAUGGCCACGGCUUCCGGUUACUCUUCAGGCGUGAGCGGCUCACGGAGCGGCCCGUCUCUGUCUGCGUCCUCGUCCGGAUCUGUUGGCCAGGUGCAGGGCAUGGCGGUGGUGUGGGAAUGGCAGGAUGACGGCGGUUCGUGGCGACCCUACAGCGGUCAGGUGAGCUGCUUUAUAGAGCACUGUCUCCAGCACCAUCGGAGUGCAGGCCCGGCUGUCACCACCAUCUCCCUGGGGCAGAGUGACCCGAGCCUCGCUGCCUACAUCAUCGAUAUCCCGAGCCUCAAACAGUUCCGACAGGACACCGGUAAGAUCCGCUCGGUGCGACGCAGCCUGUUCCCACAGUCGACUGUACUUGUCAACGGCAUUCUCUGGGAAUGGGCCAACGACGAGGGAGGCUGGACGGCAUAUGAAAUGCACACGUCCGGUUUGCUGGAGAACAGUUACCUUGCACGCCAGACCACAGCGGACUUGGGACCACACAGACAUAACUACGUGGUGGACUUUACAUCACUCGAACAGAUCAACAAGAGCUCUGGUUAUCGGCGGCGCGUGCGCAGGCAGACCAGUACGCCGUACCCUCAUGCAGCAGCCUCUGGGACGGCUACGGUUAUCCACUCUGGCCCUGCGUGCACAUGCCAGCAGUGUUUGAGCCACGGACCAAUGCCUGGCCGAUCGCGCCACUCUUUUUCUGCAGGAGCUGGCCCAUCCUCUGCGUAUUCUCCAUAUCCCAGGAGGCCACUCUCUGUAGGGAACAUGGCUUGGGGAGGACCCUGGAGCCCGGCAUCUACGUCUAUGGCUCAGCAUCCGGGACCGGUGCAGUCCUUUCCACCUACAUCCAAUGGAUUGAGCAUUCCAUCCGUUCCCUUACAGCUGAACGGCUCCAGCAGCGUGAGUGCAGCACUGGCAGGCAUGGCUUCCAUUUUGAUGUCAGCAGCAGGACUGGGAGUUCGCUUCAUGACCAGCCCCCCCGGCAGGCCCAACCAAGCCCAGGCCAGCUCCGUUAAGAGGGCAAAGAGACAGCACAGGACAGCUGCCCAGAAACCCGAAGAGGUCAUUAAGAAAUACAUGGAGGAAGUGCGCGCGAUCCCUGACGAGGACUGCAUGAUUUGCAUGGAGCGUCUGUCGUGUCCCUCUGGCUACGACAGCCCUGAAGGGGGCAGCCAGACUCUGCAGCCCAGCACAGUGGGAAAGUUCACCAAGUGUGGACACACCUUACACAUGCUCUGCAUGCUGGCCAUGUACAACAACGGCAACAAGGAUGGCAGCCUGCAGUGUCCUUCUUGCAAGACAAUCUACGGUGAAAAGACCGGCACUCAACCAAAGGGCAAGAUGGAAAUAUACAGCAUCCCACAAUCCCUCCCGGGCCACCCAGACUGCGGCACUAUACAGAUAAUCUACAACAUCCCACCUGGAAUACAGGGCACCGAGCACCCAAAUCCUGGCCAGCCUUACACCUGUCGAGGUUUUCCUCGCUUCUGCUUCCUGCCUGACAACGACAAGGGCAGAAAGGUGCUGGAGCUGCUGAAGGUGGCGUGGACGCGACGGUUGAUCUUCACAGUAGGCACGUCCAACACGACAGGCGAGCCCGACACAGUGGUGUGGAACGAGAUCCACCACAAGACCGAGAUGAUGUCGAACGUAUCGGGCCACGGCUACCCCGACCCCAACUACCUGGACAAUGUCCUGGCAGAACUGGCAGCACAGGGCGUAACCGAGGACUGCCUGAAAAGAGACACGCCUCGGCCACGCGAGCCCGAGUAGCUUUCCGAACCCUGCACAAAAAUCGACACAAUCGCUAAGUCAGGCUCGACAAUGCAGAGACACUGUGUAAGACCGUAGUAAGAUUUUAAGCAUGUAGAAAUGCUUGGAUCCGUGGCAUAUAACCAUAAGAUGCCGUCAGUAAAAAAAUCGCAUCUUUCGGGGGGGGAAUCCGCUAGCUAGAAAUUAAAAACCGAUUUGUAACAAUUUAGAUUUUUGUUUUAAAUCUAGGCUUUGCACGCAGGACAGGUCCAGCGUAAAAAAAAAAUAAUAAUAAUAAUAAUAAACAGCCUUUUGUUAGUGAUUUUUGGUCAUUUGGAAUUCAGAACCUUAACGAAAUCUUACUUGGUACAUGACUUGUGUUAAGGAUGGGAAAGUUUAAAGGGUUUGCAGUAUGCCAUUUUUUGAGAACGUAUUUAAGCGAAGCUGGCGAUUUAUCGUCCCCAAUUCAGUGUUUUUUUUUUUUUUUUUGAACAGAAUCUCCGAACGGCCGUGUCACUUUUGUCAUACCAUACGAGAGGCAGCUAUGACCUGGGUUUGAACAUGCAAUUUUCUGUAGCACUUUAGCUUCUGCAGUGCUCUGAAUCAUAAAGGGAUUUCUAAAGCCAAGUGUAGCUUUAAAAAAAAAACCAACAUCAUAAUAAAGCUUCAUUCCCAGCAUGGCAUGUCUUACAAUACACAAUUUAUAGAUCUCUUCAUAUAAACCAUCAUGACAAGGUGUGACUUAAAAAAACAACAAAAAAAAACACACAGUGGCAUCGCUUGGAGGGGAAUAAAAUCAGAAUUAUACGAAGUAAUUAUUGCGAAACAAUGCAAAUAGUUUUUACUAGUACUGUAUCAAUUGUAUUGCAAAAUUAAAGUGUUACAAAUUGCGACUAUUUUAA